AUGGGUGGUGAUUCUCUACGACUUGAGAAGCAACCAUCCUUUUUUGGAUUCAUCUCAGGUGGUAUCGUGAUUAUGGACCCGUUCUUUAAGGUGUUUUUCCGUAAACUCAACUACACAAUGAUGAAGACGAGAGUGGAUAACUACUGUGCGUAUUAUAAUAGUUUGAUAGAAGGCUACCUCUCAUCUAUCUUCUACUCAACUGCCGUUGUAGCCGUACCAUCGUUCUUCAUCUGCACAAAGUUGGGAAGAAGAUGGCCUUUGCUGUUGGGCUUUAGUUCAUUAUUCCUGGGAUUUGCCAUGAUUUCUUCAAGAACAUCUCUUUCGAUUCUUUUUAUUGGAAGAAUUGUCAUUGGCAUAGGGAUUGGAAUCAUGUCUCAGGUUGUUUCACUCUAUAUUUCAGAGUCUGCCUCUGCUGAUUUUGCAAACAAGUUGAAAUUGAUACAUAGACAUUCAUAUGGGUUGGGAACUACUUUAGGAUUAAUGGCAAAUUUUAAAAUGACAUAUUUUGAGUGGGGUUGGAGGAUUUGUUUUGCGAUUCCAGGAGUAUUGGCUAUUCCACCUCUUUUCAUUUCCCUUUUUGCUCAUAACACCCCAAUGUACUAUAUAGAGAUGAACAAAGUUAGCAAAGCAAAAAGAGAAUUUACAAGAACUAGGGGUGAUGAUUUUGAUUCUGAGUUUGAACAAAUGAAGGAGGAGAGUCAGGGAGUUUGGAGUUUGUUGAAGCAUGUCUUUAGUCAUCAAUGUCGUCCUUAUUUGAUUAUUAGUUGUGUCAGGGAGAUAUGUCUACAUUUUUCAGGGAUGUUUGCCAUCAAUUUCUUCUUGCCAGCUUUUCUAAUGGAUCUUGAUAUCCCCACAGAUGAAUCUUGCAUGGCACUGAUGGUUAUUGAAUAUGUGAACAUUGCAAUGGGCGUCUUAGGUUCCUGGUUUGUCACUAGGUUUAAGCGACAAUGGCCAUUGAUGGUGAUUUCAUUGUUUGCGAUGUUCUGUGGACUCCUUGCCAUUUUUGUUUUGCUAAUACACGGGCACUAUGCAUCAUUGUAUCCUCCACGUACUGCAGCAUACAGGGAUUUUGGAUUCCUCCUCCUUUACUCAGUUGGAUAUGGAGUAGUUUCAUCAAAAUGGACUGAAGUUGAUUUCCCAAGGAGAGCUAGUUUAGUUGCUGACCCUAUGAUGAUGACCAUAAAUUUGUUGAGUACGUUCUUGAUUAGCUAUGCAUUACUGCCAACGAUUUGUGCCAUGAAAGGAGUUUUAUUUGUCUUCUUCACUGUAGUGAUUGUUUGCAUGUUGGUCUUCAUAUACCUUCUAGUUCCAGAGAGUUCAGAUAGUCCAGAAGAAGAUAUGAUUGAAAAAGGAGGAAAAGGUCUCCAUUCAACACUUAAUUUUCACUCAAAAAAGUUCAUUGGGAUUUUAAAUGGAAUUGAUACUGAUGCAUGGAAUCCUGCCACUGAUACAUUUUUCAAAGUCCAGUACACUGCAAAUGAUCUUCAGGGGAAAGCAGAAAAUAAGGAAGCUAUGAGAAGGCAUCUAGGGCUUUCUUUUGCAGAUGUCAGGAAGCCACUGCACUAA